UUAGGAUAUGUAUGUUCCGCAAAGUCUCAGUCGGCACACACCACAGCUACAAAUCUCAUCAAAAUUUCAGUUAAAACGGUGGGUUGGUCCCAAAAAAAAACAUCUAGAAUCAAGCAAUUUCCAACAAGGGCCGUAAAAUACGUAAAGUAUACAUAUGUAUAUAUAAGUCCGUGUCGUAUAAUCCUUAACGAUGUUUGGAAAGAGGAGGCGGGAUCAUGAGCGCGACCAGGAGCGGAACAACAAUAUGUACCACCGACUAUGCCAGACGCUGGCCGCAGAACAUCAGAAACUUAGGGACUUAGAGUUGCGUCGGGAGAAGCUGAUGGAGGAGCUGCGCAUCCUACGCGCCCGCUUCAUGCAGGAGAACGCCCUUCUCCGGCGCACCGUGCAGGGUAGUCCGAACUUGCAGACUGUGCUUCACCCCCCGGUGGGACCAUAUACCUCCGCCGCCGCCUGCACUGGGGCCAGUGCGCGACCGUUACCACACGCCGCCCUGCCAGGGCAUGGAGCGCGUAGCGGCAUCUUGGCCCCUGACCGCAUCCCCGUUCGUUCAAUGUCCUUCGCCAACCUGAGCUCCACCAUCAGCCGCCCGAUCUCCAUGGUCCCCAAACAGGUAGCUCCUAGGCAGAGUCCGAAGAAAGCGGAGCAGAAGGUGGAACAGAGGCAGGAUACCCCCGGCCGCAAGAGCGUGCGAUUCCCAAAGCGGGGGCCAGCCCCGUGUCCGAAUCAAAAACCCGGAAGCAACGCAACGAGUGUAUUGCCACACGCGGGGACAAAGAUCCCAAAAACUAUCAAAAAGCGAAUAACAGGCAAUGUCUCCAGAAGAUAGCCAGAAGAUAGGGACACAGCUGGAAAAUGACCACGAUGGGCUGCUGGAGCUUGAUCAGCAGCCACACAGUUACUAAGAUC